UGCUCUCUGCACAGCCGCAGUCCACGGCGAUGCGCCGUUAACGGCAGAGCCGCUCCGCGCUCUUUUCUUAUUCUUCCUUCAUCCCAGCUUUGAGGCAGAGAGGACCAGCAUCCCCCCCCUACACCACCACCACCACCACCACCCCCCUCUCUCUCUCUCCGGGCUGCACCGUCCUUAUCGAUAACAUGGCAAUACCAGGCUGUCGUUCUUCCAUCUAGACGGGAAGUCUCACCUCGCAGAGUCAAGACGGGGGCUACAAUGAGCGAAGAGCCGCCGGUCACCCCCAGCUGGCUGACCCCUGACCCCACAGCAUGGGCCAGCGGAGGCGGUGGGCCGAUGGACAACAGCACCAGCCUGGGGACGUUUCCACCGGACUCCCUCCCGCCCAGCCAGAUGCCCCUGCUGAUCAACCCCUGGGACAUUGUGCUGUGCUCAUCGGGGACUCUGAUAGCCUGCGAGAACGCCCUGGUGGUGCUGGUGAUCUGGCAGAACCCGGCGCUCAGAGCUCCCAUGUUCCUGCUGAUCGGCAGCCUGGCACUGGCCGACCUACUGGCCGGCCUGGGCCUGGUGCUUCACUUCACCUGUGCCUACUUGCUUCAGUCCGAAUCGGCCCAGUUGCUGACCGUGGGCCUGGUGGUGGCCUCCUUCUCCGCCUCCGUCUUCAGCCUGCUGGCCAUCACUAUCGACCGCUACCUGUCGCUGUAUUAUGCCCUCACCUACAACUCGGAGCGGACAGCGGUCUUCACCUACACCAUGCUGGUGCUCCUGUGGGGCCUCUCCCUGUGUCUUGGCCUGCUGCCGGUCACGGGGGUCAACUGCCUGGCAGAGGAGUCUACAUGCAGCGUGGUGCGCCCACUCACAAAGAACAACAUUGCCGUGCUGUCCGUUUCCUUCCUGCUGCUCUUCGGCCUCAUGCUGCAACUCUACGUCCAGAUCUGCAAGAUCGUGAUGCGCCACGCUCACCAGAUCGCCCUCCAGCACCACUUCCUGGCCGCCACACCCCACUACGUCACAACGCGGAAGGGCGUGUCCACGUUGGCGAUCAUCCUGGGUACCUUUGCUGCCUGCUGGAUGCCAUUCACUGUCUACUCUCUCAUCGCCGACUACACCUACCCUCCCCUCUACACCUACGCCACGCUGGUGCCUGCCACCUACAACUCCGUCAUCAACCCGGUCAUCUACGCCUUCAGGAACCAGGAGAUCCAGAAGGCACUGUGGCUGGUGUGCUGCGGCUGUAUUCCUGCCAGCGUGGCCCAGCGUGCGCGGACCCCUAGUGACAUCUGACCGAACAGACCCGGGUGGGAAGAGAGAGGCGCCCAGAGUCAGCUGAAUGGAGUUUUUGUUUUCUUUAUUAUAUUCACCAAGUGGCAAGGUGUCUCACUGUCUUCCCCAGUAAAGGCGGCCACUGCGCUGGCAGCAUCCCGCCCCCUCCUGUUCAGCCUGUGCCACGCCCUUCCUCUGUCCUACAGAGAGCGCUGAGUGCAUCACAUGUUAGAGGCAGCGACUGUAUAUACACUGCAUAUAGUUAACAGCACUUUGGGCUUUGGUUGACACGUGCUUGUUUUUCUGCAAAUAAGGAGGGAUUAUUAGUGUGGGCCCCUUGCGCGCGCGUGCGUAAAAGCGCACAAAUUCACCAAGGAGUGUGUGCGGGGCGGAGAGGAGAGAAGAGAACGGCUGAUUACGCAGGCAUUUCCACAUAAAGCCCUGUCUGGAGCAGCAUCCCGGCGCUCUGCUGCUGCAAUCUGAACGUGCGUCGAAAGCUAAACAGCCGCGGAGUGCUAAAAAUAGACCCGGAGCUCUCUGAUCCGCGCCCCGCGUCCUCCACAGACGCCAAGAAAGAAAUCAAGCCGUUUCGUCUUCCCCCCGCCUCUCCAAAUGUGUCUUCUUUUCUCUCUGGAUUUGUGUGUGAAUGCAUUUUUAGUUUCAUCUCGCAAGUGGGAGGCUCGCGACAAAGCCCCAUGAGACCCCACCAUUAACCCCUCCUCCAUGUUUUAUCAUUAACGGAGGCACCAACCCGAAUAGAAGGCUAUCGGAUUAUGUAACCACCUAUAUCCCUCCUCUUUCACCUUUUAAAUGGAGAUUGCUUAUGACUUUUUGAAUGUCUAGAACAUUGUUAUGUAAUGUGUAAUCAUAAUGUAAUUGAGAAAGCCCCACCAAUUUGAACAAUAAUUGGAAUUAUAAGUCAGGCCUAUACUUUUUAAAACACACACAAAUCAAAUGUAUUAUUCCUAAAGGAAUCAUGUAGGAUAUUAAAUGAAUGUAUCAUCAGAUUACAAACCUGUAGACAAAUAUGGAUUUUAUAUGGAAAUCUGCUAAAUGUGAAUGUAUUUCCAUUUAUUUGAACACCAACCACACAUUUGAUCGAUAUGCUUGACUUCAGUGUAAUUUGCAUGCAACAAGCACAGAUGCCCUUUUCCCCUCCUUAGUUCAGUGUGGUAGGUCACAUUGUCGACUACAAGCCAUGUGACAUGGUACCCUGAUGUCAUCAUGACCCUAAUAUUUUUGUUUUUCUACACAGUGUACCUCAAAUGUAUCACAUUGAAUGAGCUAAUCGUUACUUGAUGGUCACAAGAGUGGCACCCUUUUUUGAAAAAUGUAUUUCAAAAACAAUAUUUAGCUGUAAAGUGCGGAUAAGUUUGAAGUUCAAAGGCUCUGCUUUGAUCGUGAUUUCAGUUCAACUGAGUGUGGUUCAAUGGAAGCCCAAAUCACAACACUUACCAGCUGCUCUGAGUUAAUCCUCCGUUAGUUCUUGGUCUCAAACCCGACAAAAAGAUGCACGCUAAUUACUCAUUCCUUCAUAUCUUGUCAGCAAUAACUAUGAAUGGUAGUUAUUUAGCAAUACUCAGACAGCAAUAACAUCCACCUCCCACCUAUACUUCUUCCUGCAGCGUGAAGUUCCAUAGCGGCCGCUCAGGUGGGGAUGUGUUGUAGUGAAUGUGCUCGGGGAGCUACAAGUGAUCUUGAAAUAGGUGGGAGGAUAAUCACUCCAGGGCUGGAAAAAGUGGACGAGAUCAAACGACUCCUUUGUCACAGUGACACCACUGACUCAUUCCUCCGCAAUGAUUUUUUUUAUUUCUCUGAGCUAAAAUCGGACUUUGACCAUUUGUCACACCAAAAGAAUGGUGAAAUGUAUUUAUUUACUUCUUGUCUCUGCCUUUUGUGAGCAUAUGAACUGUCCUAAGUGUCGUGACCUCAAGUCUCAGUGUGUGAUUUGGGGCUGUGUUUUCGUGGAUACGGUAUGAGUUGCAUGGCCUCUGGGUGUGUGCAUGUGUGUGUGUUUGUGAUCCAGCAGCUCUCAGCAGACCUUAAUCUGUCUCCUUGUGAAGGGGUGAAACGGGUGUGAGGGAUAUGACUCCCUGUUGACACCCCUGACCUUCGAGGACAAUGCUGCCAGUCUUCCUGUCAGUUCUGAGAGAAGUGGCCUCGUUACAUAUUCGUAGAGCGUUUCCAAAGAGGUAGGACUCAGAUGUGGAAGCUCCAGCACUUCAAGCCAAAGUGAAAGGGACUCACUGGGAUCCAAGUCCUGCUGUGUGUUUUCAGUCUCCUCUUUAUCCCUAAUAUUCUACUUUAAAUCAAUCUAGUCUGAUUGAUGCAGGCGUCCGCUAAGUGACCUCUGAAUGAUCCUAUGAGCUAAAUAUGGGCACUUCCAAAUAAAAAGAAGUACUGCUUCUUCUUUCCUUCCUUGCUACCUCCCCUCUAAGCAAGCCUGGGGGCAUUUGAGGAGCUCCCAAUCUUCAUCUUUCUGGCCUCAGAUCAGAUGCAAAGCGAUAAAAAAAAAGGGGGGGUAAGUAAGAAAAGCUGAGGAACAGCAUUUCUGAGCAUUGGAACGUGAACUCGUGCACAGUGUCAGACUGAAUCCUGUUGUUAUUAAUGAGCACCGACAGGUCGGGCUGGCACAUCACAGACCAUCACAAACUCUUAUUGCUUUACCUUUUGAGAAAAGUCUAUUUUGUUAUAUUCAUUGAAGUUCUAUUUUUUUCCACUUUAAUCUGGCCUGAAUUCUUUCACAUUCUGGUGUUGUGUGAUAAAAAGCCUUUUUUUUGGAAUGUAGUAAUAAUCAAAUUGUUUUGUCUUCCUCUUGACUCAUUUGUUUCUGUAAAAACGGCAUGCUGAAGAGGGGGGGACUUAAAACCACCUUGCAUGGUGCUACUAAAGCCUAUGUCAAGCUAGGGGAUGAGUUGGGUUGCGCCAUUUUCUUCUGUUGGGCAUCAAUAUGCACCGGUUGACUGAGGCUGGUUAACGGAUAAUUGAUUGGUUACACGUGGGUGUUUGACGGGAACCAAAUGGUACACAACGUUCUCUGGUUGGUGAAUGUUCUUCUCUUGUGCAGUGUUGUUGAGAUUUUCAUGAUUGAGCAGGUGUGAACAAGGGCUUAGUAUCCAACUCACACCUGUUCAUCUAUUGAAUUGUUUCACAGUGUAAUGAAACACAACGUUGUGUGCAAAGCAGCUGGGUUUUUGAAAAAAUACUGGAUGUUAGUUCAGCGGGAGGUUUCUUUUUGAUGGUUAAACAUGUAGAGCUAAACAUUAAAACACUCAAGGGCCUGUGAAUGUGUGUGUGUGUGUGUGUUUUGGGGGUUGGAGACGGGAGGACGCCACAGUAACAGCAUCUUGUGUAGACGUAUGCGUAGUUUUCAAUGUGAAAUGCACUUUAUUUUUUGGAUGAAGAUGGCACAACAAAUUAAGUAUCUGCAAAAUGAAACAUAUAAACGAUAAUCAACAUGCACUAACUGAACUGAGAUAUUGUAAAAAAAAACUAAAAAAAAACGUGUGUGUGAACGUGGUGUCUAUUUUUGCAAAGGUGUUAGUUGUACUUUUUAUUGCUUUGGUUAGUUCACUCGAUUGUUAAUUUUGUAUUAAAAAAACCAAACAUGUGCUGUGCAUAAAA